AUGGAAUCACAUCCUUUUACACCACCAGCUACAACUUUAACAGCUUUAUCCACUUCAGUUCUCGACGUUUCCUUUGAAUCUACUACUGUCUAUUAUUCUGUUGCACCAAUUUCAUAUACUAUUGAUGUAAGCAGUAGUAUCCCAUACCGCGAUGUUAUCACAAGCGAAAACAGUGCACUCAGUCAACAAAUCUCCACAUUUUCUACUAAUGCAUGCUCGAAUGUAAGCGGAAAUGCGGAAGAACGCUACGAUGAUAUUCUAUCGGAUAUUUGCAAUGAAUCAACAGCGGAAAUGUUGCAGUUGCAUCGUAUCUGUAGAGAUUUACAAAUUGACACUGCAGCGCAGCAAUUGUUAUUAUCCCCUACUAAUAUGAAAGUAAACGUUGCGGCACAGCGGUUGCCAUUAUCUUCUCUGCAAACGCAAGUUGUAACACAACAGUUACCAUCAUGUUCUAAGCUACCAGUGAACGUUCCUUCACAAAGUUUGCCAUCAUCCUCUACUGUUCAGUCUAACGUUACGGCACAGCAAUUGCUACUACCUUCUAAUCAACACGAGAAAAUUCCGCCACAGCAGUUGCCAUUAUCUUCUAAUUUACAUGAAAAAACAGAAACUCAGUCGUUAUCAUUGCCUUCUACAAAAUCUUUGCAAGGAACCGAUGAAUUUCAGAAGAAUUUAUCAUCUAUUCAUAAAAUUCGACUGUUACAUGAUCAAGCAACACAUUAUGCUAGAUUAGCACAAGAUGCUUGGGAAGAAGCUAGAGCGAUUGCUUCUUCUUUAAAUAUGCCACCGCCAUCACUACCAGAUGCGGUCGAUUUGAUGACACAUAAUUACUUGAAGUACCGAAAGCAAUGGAAUUCACUAAAAACAGUUGAAGAACGAGAAAAUAUUACACCAAAUUUAUCACAAGCUGGUAAUCUAGAAAAUCCCGUAUCACUAUCUCGCUUUCAAUCGAUUUCCAAAUGGGUGAAGCCAACAAGAAGCACUAGUUCUGUACUGGAUCCCAAUUUCAAUAAAUUACCCACAAAAAUAUCCCGAAUAGAGGAAGAUUUCUGCAGGAACGCUAAUGCAAAAUUAAUGGUAAAUUUAGCUGAAGAAAUGAUCGAUCAGCAGUUACCAACGACAUCGUUGCAACGAACCAACCCUAUGGAAGGAUUACACCUGCCUCACAGGCAGCAAAUACCUGCUGAAUUAAUAAAUCCGAACCUAUCAGACAUCAGACGCAGUUACAAUCUCCAGCGUAUGCAACAACGAUUAAACGCUGCCCUUGCAGUUGGGAAAAAAGUAAAACGAAGUCAAAGAAAAUAA